GUUUUCGACUUUGAGGGCGGGGCAUAGCGCUCAGCUUAGACGCCUUUCCUGUACACAUUAAUAUUUUCUGUUUUGGUCCCUUUGAUGUAAAAAAAUAUGACUGAAUUAUUGCUGAAGAUUAAAAACAGCGUGCCCGCCAAAAAGAAGACGACUUUGACUCAGCGCGACUUGCAGCGUUGGGGUUUAAAAGGGAUCCAGCUGAGGACCUACCAGCUGCAUGGCGUCCAGUGGCUGACUCAGUGCCUGAAAAACCAGCAGGGAUGCAUCCUGGGAGAUGAGAUGGGCUUGGGGAAAACUUGUCAGACCAUCAGCCUGUUGGUGUACAUGUCAGGCGCUCUUGAUGUCAAAGGUCCAUUUUUAAUUCUUAGCCCACUCUCCGUCAUGGAGAAUUGGAGGAGUGAGUUGGAACGUUUUGCACCAUCUUUGACUGUGCUAUGCUACAAGGGAGACAAAGAGAGACGGAUUGAGAUUCAAGGGGACGCGCAAGACUUUCACGUUCUGCUCACUACAUACGAGCUCUGCCUCAAAGAUGCUUCCUUCCUGAGACGCUGGAAGUGGAAGGUUCUGGUCAUAGACGAGGCUCACCGGCUCAAGAACCAGAACUCUCUGCUCCGGAAGACCCUGACGGAGUUCUCAGUGGGUUUCCGGGUUCUACUGACCGGCACGCCUAUCCAGAACAACCUGCAGGAGCUCUACUCCCUGCUGAGUUUCAUCCAGCCCGCCAUCUUCUCGGAGGACGACGUCGACGGGUUUGCCCGCUCUUACGCCGAUGUGCGGAAUCGACCUGCGCUCGCCGCCGAGCUCCAGAGCAUCCUGGAGCCCUUCUUGCUCCGCCGGGUCAAGUCGGAGGUGGCGGUGGAUCUGCCCAAGAAGACGGAAGUGGUGGUCUACCACGGCAUGUCUGCGCUGCAGAAGAAAUACUACAAAGCCCUCCUCAUGAAAGAUGUCGAGGCUUUUGGUAGCGACCAAAGCAACAAGACCCGUUUGCUGAACAUCCUGAUUCAGUUGAGGAAGUGCGUGGACCAUCCGUAUCUGUUUGACGGAGUGGAGCCUGAGCCGUUUGAGAUGGGGGAACAUCUGGUGGAAGCCAGCGGCAAACUCUGCCUUCUUGACAGCAUGCUGGCCUACCUGCAGCAAGGCGGCCAUCGAGUUCUACUCUUCUCCCAGAUGACCAGGGUGCUGGACAUUGUUCAGGACUACUUGGAGUACAGAGGUUUCAGCUACGAGCGCCUGGACGGCUCGGUUCGUGGCGAAGAACGCAAUCUUGCUGUGAAGAACUUCAGCAGCAAAGAUGUUUUUGUCUUCCUGCUUAGCACCAAAGCAGGAGGCGUCGGCCUGAACCUCACGGCCGCCGACACGGUCAUUUUCAUGGACAGCGACUUCAACCCUCAAAACGACCUGCAGGCAGCCGCACGCUGUCACCGCAUUGGCCAGAGCAGGCCGGUGAAGGUGAUCCGCCUGCUGGCCAGAGACACGGUUGAGGAGAUCAUGUACUCGCGUGCCGUCUCCAAGCUGGAGCUCACCAACACGGUGAUCGAAGAGGGACGCUUCUCGCUGCUGGAGCGCGCCCAGUCGGCGGCGGCCGGACUGCAUCUCAGUGAGAUCUUGAAGUUUGGCGUGGACAAGUUGCUGUCUUCGGACGAGAGCUCGGUCCAGGACGUGAAACUGGAGAAGAUCCUCGGCGCCUCACGCGACGGCCGCUGGACAUCUGAUCAAGAUGAUGUCGGCGAAGCGCCUUCCCCCUUGCGAGACGAUGAAGACAGCGACUCGGAAUCGGACAGGCAGAACCACAUGUACUACUUUGAGGGAAAGGACUACAGCAAGGACCCCAGCUCGGAAGACCAGAGAAGCUUCGAGCGCCUGCUGGAGCAACAGCUCGCCGAGUUGCCGAAAGCUGGCGGGGAAGGACGAAGUCUACGGAACAAAACCGACGUGUCGUCGGCGACGGGGCUCAUCUUCCCGACCAGGAAGCGGCGUCCUCUCACGGAGGCGGAGCUGGAACUGCGCCGACAGAAGCGCCAGGAGGCGGCGGCCAAGCGGGCCAAAUAUGAGGCAGAGGCUAAGAAGAAGCAGGAGGAGCAGAAGUACAAGAAAAAGAUGGCGUGGUGGGCGUCCCAAGGCUACACAUCCCGCUGCCUGAAAUCUGCGGACAGCGAGGAAGACGAGGAAGAGGAGGAGGACGGCAGCAGCGUGAGCUCGGCCGACUCAGAUAGCGGCGCCAUCAGCUACGUCCUGGGAGACGUCACGCAUCCUCACACCGCGCGUGGGGACGCCGUCAUCGUCCACUGUGUGGAUGACUCGGGCUGGUGGGGGAAGGGAGGCUUGUUCACCGCGCUGGAGGUGCGGUCGGAUGAACCACGGCGGCAGUACGAGCUGGCAGGAGAGAUGAAAGACUUGGAUGUCGGAAACGUGCUGUUUUUUCCCAUCGAUGACAAACAGUCCCGAUUGGACGGGAACGAUCACCUGGCCCUCAUCGUCGCGCAGCAGCGAGACAAAGCCAACAAGUUGUCCGGAAUCUUUCUGACGGCACUCGACCAAGGCCUGAGGAAGAUUCACGCCGCCGCUAAACGGCACAAAGCGAGCGUGCACCUGCCUCGCAUCGGCCACGCCACCAAGGGCUUCAACUGGUACGGCACUGAGCGUCUGAUCAGAAAACAUCUGGCUUCCAGAGGCAUCCCCACUUUCAUAUACUAUCACAAUCGCGGUGGCAAAAACAAAUCCACCGCCACCACCUCUUCGGCGCAAGCGAGCAGCUCGGCCGCCGCGGAUGCACAGGAGACAGGCCCAUCCUCCCCACGGACUUCCUCGGAGCUGCCAUGUUUCAUGAAAGGCAUCCGUGUGUUUUUCUACAACCUGACGGCAACGGACAGGAAGAGGCUGGCCCGCUACCUCGUCACUUAUGACGGCGAUGAAGAUGAGGUGAUGAGCGGCGAAGUCACGCACAUAGUCGCCGAAGUGGAGCACGAGGUCCACGCUCAGCAGGAGCUGCGGGAAUUGACGCACCGCUACCAUCGGGCCGUGCUGGUUGGCAAGGCCUGGCUGGAAGCUUGCUUUUCCCAACAGAAACAAGUCCGCAGCGCAGACUUCAUACUCGCCCUCACAUAACACUUCAGGUUUAAUUGUCUUAGCUCUGUGUGAGAACAAUAAAAGCAAUGAUCACUU